AUGCAUUCUAUUACCAUCCCCCCGGAGCUGUCCUGGACUUUGCUAAAAUCACCUCUGCGCUCUCCGACGCUCUUCGCCGCCAUCCCGCUCGCGCACCGUCCACCUCCGACGUACCUCUUCUUCAACCGUCUGACGAUGUCUCUGUCUCUCAUUAUCCCUCGUUGCCACUCAUCCUCUUCCAAUCCACUCCUGAUCUGCUUUCAGUCAGGCGGUUCUUCCAGCUGCAGUCUUUGUAUAGCUCUCAUCUCUGUAGUCACUCAACCCUGUCUAACUCACAGUAAUCCCAGUCUCGCCGACAACUAUCUCUCUCCACUUCUUCUCAUCCCCCUCCUCUCGUCUACGCCAGAUCCCUCCGAACUCGCCGAAUCCACGCUCGCUAACCACUCCUCCUCCUCCUCCUCCUCCUCCGACCUCGACCGGCUUCGUCGUCCUUGCCCGCCCGCCGUCGUCGACUCUCUCCUGCGCCACACCUGCACCGCUCCAUCUCCACUUUCCGCUUUCGAUCUCUGCGUUUUGAAAACUGCAUUCGUGUCGGUCGCUGACAUGGCCGCGUCGCUUCCUUCUGUUCUCGCCUGUCUUGAUCGUGGGGAUGGCUUUGCAGAGGACGUUGUUGCCAAAGCUAAACUUCUCGCAAACCUCUCGCCCUCUGCUAUAGAAGACCUCAGAGCGUUCUGGUCUGCCGAAUACUCUCUGCAGUGA